UGAGGAGGCGGUACAGGGGCCCAUGACAGAUGACGGGCCUGGCAGCAGCAUGAGGAGUCGGUACGGGGGCCCAUGGCAGAUUACGGGCCUGGCAGCAGCAAUGGGAGGCCAUACAGCACCCUAUGACAAAAUGGAACCCACCAGCAGUUUGAGGAGACCUGAAAGUGGCACAUGGCAGAGUGUGGCGAUGGAGACAGCAGCAAUGGGAGGCCGUACAGGGACCCAUGACACACUCUGGACCUGGCAGCAGCAUGAGGAGGCGGUACAGGGGCCCAUGACAGAUUACGGGCCUGGCAGCAGCAUGAGGAGUCGUCGUCGUCUAUCAAGAGUCCAAUGGCAGAGUGGCGGAGCAGAAGCAGCUUCAAUUGAAGGUCAUACAGAGGCCUAUGUUAAAAAGUCCCCCCAGCAGCAGCGUGGGGAGACGACUAUCAAGAGUCCAAUGGCAGAGUGGCGGAGCAGAAGCAGCUUCAAUAGAAGGCCAUACACAGGCCUA